GUGAGUGAGAGAGCAUCAGAGAGAGAGAGGUGGGGGUGGGGUGGGGGUAGUGGUUAGUUGGCAAAAACACAUCAGGAAAGAAGAAGCGAUGAAAAGCACCGCUGAGAGAAAACGAAGACAUCUGUGAGAUUUUCUGGUGAAGAGAGACUCCUGGGACUGUUACUUCCCUUCAGAUCCAUCUGUUUGUCUGCUGGUCUCUCAGCUUGUCUCAGGAUGACCGUCACUUAUUCCAGCAAAGUUGCCAACGCCACCUUCUUCAGUUUCCACCGGCUGCUGCUGCGCUGGAGGGGGAGUAUCUACAAGCUACUGUACCGAGAGUUCGCCCUGUUCGUCCUCCUCUACACCGUCCUCAGCCUCGUUUACAGGUUUGCCCUCACUGAUGAUCAGAAGAGACUGUUUGAGAAACUCUCCAUGUACUGUGACAGAUAUGCAGAGCAGAUCCCUGUCACCUUCGUCCUGGGUUUUUAUGUGACUCUGGUGGUGAAUCGAUGGUGGAAUCAGUUUGUGAACCUGCCCUGGCCCGACAGACUCAUGUUCCACAUCUCCAGCUGUGUUCAGGGUAAAGAUGAAUAUGGCCGCCUGUUGCGCAGGACGUUGGUGCGAUAUGUUAACUUGACGUCGCUCCUCAUCUUCCGCUCCGUCAGCACUGCCGUCUGCAAACGAUUCCCGACCAUGGACCACGUGGUGGAGGCAGGUUUCAUGACUCCAGAGGAGAGGAAGGUGUUUGACAACAUCCGUUCUCCUCAUCUCAAGUACUGGAUUCCUGUGGUCUGGUUCUCCAACCUGGCAUCUAAAGCUCGACAGGAGGGACGGAUCCAGGACAGCAUCGACCUGCAGAAUAUUCUCAAUGAGAUGAAUCGCUUCAGGACUUGGUGCGCAACUCUUUUUGGCUACGACUGGGUCGGCAUCCCGCUGGUCUACACACAGGUCGUCACUCUUGCUGUCUACACCUUUUUCUUCGCUUGUCUGAUUGGUCGACAGUUUCUUGACCCCACCCAGGGUCACCAAGGUCACGACCUUGACCUUUACGUCCCCAUCUUCACCCUGCUGCAGUUCUUCUUCUACUCCGGCUGGCUGAAGGUGGCAGAGCAGCUGAUCAACCCGUUUGGAGAGGAUGAUGACGACUUUGAAGCCAACUGGAUCAUCGACAGGAACCUUCAGGUGUCUCUGCUGGCUGUGGAUGAGAUGCACAUGAACCUGCCUCAUAUGACCAAAGACAUGUACUGGAAUGACUGUGAAGCUCGCCCGCCAUACACAUUGGCUGCUGCAGACUACUGCAUCCCCUCAUUCCUCGGCUCCACUACCGACAUGGGACUCUCAGACAUUCUUCAGUUGGACGAGUUUGAUAUUAACAGCAGUCGUCCUCGGCAACACGACUCUUUCCUGACUCGGCGCCAAGAAUCGGUUCUUGGCCGAGUCCGCCGGCUGCUUAGUGUUCAGGAGCCUCCUGACCUCCGACCUCCUCGACCCACCUUCAAACGGCACAGCAGUGAUGCAACAGGAAGCUUCUUCCCAGACUUCAGGCUCCAUCCAGGUGUAGAGAGCAUGGCUCCACCCUCCUCCUUGGUCAUGCCCCCCUCUUCCAUGGACACCUUGUCCACCUUGAAGGAGGUAAGCAGCAACCCUCCAUCCCCCGAGAGCUCGCCCUCUGCUGUUUUUCCACGGCUUGUCAUCAGUCCACCGUUGUUUGGCGAUGUCUGUUACAAUGAGGAUUCUUCUGGUAAUCUUGAAACAGCAAAGCCGCACAAUGGGCUGGAUCCUUCCCCCACAGAGGAGGCAUCGGGCUUGGCAACUCCAAGGUCCAGCUCCUCAGUAUGUUGUUCCCCAACCCAACUGGGACCAAAGGAAUUCCGUUGGACAACGGUCAAUGUCCAAAAUCGCCCACCAGCUCGGCCACGUGGGCGCCAGUUCUCCCUCCAGUUCUCCAGGCAGUCGUCAAAGGCAUCUGUACGCAGCCUGCCCAGCCCCAAGGCCCUGGGGAGGCGGAGACGAGGCCUGGCUCGAUUCCAGUCCCGAAGAUCACCCGGUCCACCUACUGACACUCUGCAGCUCCCUGACCCUGAAUAUGAUCACGACUUCCAGGGAAUGGGAGGGUCUGAGGAGGGUGAGGCAGUAGGAACCAACAACAGUGAAGAAGUGAAAAACAACAACUCUGAGUCACAGAGUUCAGAAAAGAAAUGAGAACCAUUCAUACAGUAAGAUAAUACUGCCCUGACAGAACCAAACAGAAACAAUCACUGUACUGAAAAUGGCAUUACUCAACAAAAGAAGUCACAACUUUGACCUAAAGGAGUGUUCCAAAUGACUUCAAUUUCACACACACACAAAAGAAAAAAUCCUGACUUUGGCAAAAGAGGUUGGAAAAGCAAGUAACAACCUUAGUGUGAAAUACUGAGACAUCUCUCAAUCAAGGCACGUGCCUACAACCAUAUGCCUCUUAAUGCCUUAAUAUUUGGAAAAACGAUGCACGUUAGAAAAAGUGAAAUUAGCCGAGAGCUGAGCUUGUUGUGGGAAAAAUGUGUUGGGUUGGGUGUUUUCCCAUUCAUCAACACAGUUAGAGUGUUCUUGGACAACCUAGUGGCCUUUACAGAAACUGCAAGUGAACACAUUUGUUCUGACUCCAAGACUCAACUGUAGAGAAUGCUGAUCUGAUAAAGUACUGGUGCUCUGAAUUAUUGACUGGACUUUGAAGGUUUCUUCAACAAAAUAUGUUGUCUUUAUGUGAUCAUUGUUUUAUUUGUCUGUUCUUGUCAAUGUGAAUCUGGAGUAAUGCAUAUACACUAUCAGUUGCUGUUGCUGAAUCACCAAAAAGUACUUUUUACAAUAAAAUAUGUCGAUCUUGCCAAAACUCAA